GCGGCGGGCCGCGAUGGCGGGCGCGGGCGGGAGGAGCUGGCGGGAUCUGCUCGCAGGGAGAGCCAGGAAGAGGAAAAGCUCCCUUGGGAGCGAAGCAGAGCUGCAGGAAGCGGCUCUGCGGCUGCUGGAUCGCCACCAGAACCUGGGUGACCUUCUCCUGGAGGUGGGAGAUUCAGCCAAGCCAGAUGUGCAGGAUGGGGCAGAGCACCAGGGAGUGUCACCAGGGUCAUUUAUAGUCUCUGUUCUGCAGGAACAGGCCUCAAAACUGGGUGUGCCCACAGCAACCUUGGCAGCCAAAAAUGCCAUUGCCAACGUGGAGAGGAUCUGCCAGGAUUCUGCCAGCCCCUCAAGAGUCCCACUGCUCAACUCUGACCAGAGAAAGAGGUUGUCCUGCUUGCUUCAGACUGUGAAGGAUUUGCUGGCAAACAACGUGUUCUGUCGCUCCCUCUUCUGCCAGGAAAUGUGGAAAAUGAAGGAGCCCCCGGUGCUGGAAGCCGUGUGGCACCUGCACAGUGCUGACAUCGCUGGCCUGGCAGAGCUGCUGGAGAGGAGCCCAGCAGGCCCAGCAGCAGUGGAGUGGCUCUGCAGCAGCCUCUGUGGCCUCUGUGAGCAGGCUGGGGACAUCCCCUGUGGGGACAUGGAGCUGGCACAACGAAUUCUCUCAGACUUUGCCAUCGUGUUUCUUCAGAAUGGCUUUGAGCAGGCUUCGGAGCUGGGAAGGAAAGUGGAAUUCCAGAAGGUUUCCUAUAUCUGCCGUGCUGUCUUACAGAGAAUGCUGGCAUGGGUGCUUGAUGCUGUUGGUAAAGAGAAGCAGGAAGAUGUUUCCAUGGUGCAGGCUGCGAGGUUCUGGCUGAAUGUGUUCAACGUGUCACUUUAUGGAAGUGUGGCUCACCCGGAUUCCUUGAGGCAGUUUUUCAGACACACCCUGACUGAGGUUCUCACCUACAACCCCGUGCUGAAAGUGUCUGAUGCCAUCCAGAUGCAGAAGGAGUGGAGCUUUACCAGGACUUCUCCCCUGCUCACAGCUCUGUACCGCAAGCUGUUGGUGGCAUUCAGUGUGAAGGAAUCCAUCUGCCAGCUGCAGCAAGUCCUGGAGACCCACGAGGUGAACUGGCAGCACGUCCUGUCCUGUGUGUCCACGCUGGUGGUGUGCCAGGCUGAGGCUGAGCAGCUCUUCAAGGAUCUACUGAGCCAUCUCCUGCUAAAGGCCUUUGGGAAUUAUGACAUGGAAAACAUGAUCACUGCGUUCCUGAUCGCUCGUCAGGCUGCUCUGGAGGGCCCUGCUGUCUUCAUGCCUUACUCAGAGUGGUUUAAGGCUUCCUUUGGGAAUGCUGGUGGCCACCAUGGGAGCAGUAAGAAAACUCUGGUCUUCCUCUUUGAGUUCCUGUCGGAGCUGGUGCCCUUUGAAGCUGCGCCGUACCUGAAGGUGCACAUCAUGUACCCACCUUUUGUGCCCACAAAGCACCGCUCCCUGCUCUUGGAGUACAUCACCCUGGCUAAAACCCGACUGGCCGACCUCAAGGUGGCCAUAGAAGACAUGGGGCUCUAUGAAGACCUCUCUGCUGCCGAUGAGGCUGUGCAGCCCCAGGCCCAGGCACUCCGUGAUGUUGAAAAGGCCCUUCAGAUAUUUGAAAACACAAAGAAGAUCCCAACUUCUGUGAUAGAAGCCAGCAUUUUCAGACGACCAUAUUACACUUCCUGGUUCCUUCCAGCUUUGCUCAGGCCCCGUGUGGUCAGUACUUGGCUUUUUUCUCUGCCCCUCCCAUCAGCUGUGUGUUUGUGCACAGAUAAUUUGCCCCUGACCUGGCCUUUUCCUCUCUUGCAGCUCCCUAAAACCCCAGAUGGACACAUGGCUUUUAUAGACUCCUUAAAGAGAGCUGAUAAAAUACCUUCAAACUUGUACUCCACAUACCUGCAAGCCUGUCAGGCUAUGAAAGAGAAGGUGUUACAAGAUGACUCCAAAGCAGAGCCCAGCCAUUCCAAAGAGCCUUUUGAGCAGCUGAAGGCUGAGCUAGCUGAGCUCAGGACUCUGGUUGUGGACCAGGCUCAGUGGGAAGAUGUGGCAGCUCAGCUUGCCGCGGUUUCCGACAGACUCCGCGGUGUCCUGGGUGACAGCAGCGAGGACAAUGAAGCUGCUCCUUUCAAUUCCCCGGUCCAAGUGGCUGUCCCAGGCCCCAGGCUGGCACCCUGCCACCAGAGCGUUGUUGAUCUUCUGCUGACAUCAUUCUGCCAAACCCUACUAGCUGCUUCCUCUUUUAACCCUCCUGACAGGCAGGGCCCGUGCCUCUCCCUGCUGGUGAAGAUGAUGUGUGGACACAGGAAUCUCCUGCCUGCUCUCCUGGGCAGGCUCUGCCAGCUUAUUUAUCACCAGGGUCCUUCCCUCCAUGCUACUCAUAUUUUAGGACUGGCAGCUUUUGUGAUCCACUUAAGUGAAUGCAGAGCUUUAAUUCCUGGAGUGGAAGCCGAUUUUGGGGUUUCUCAGGCUGUUCCUGGAAAGGCCCUUUCUGUUUCAGAGUACUGGAGCUCCUUGCUUGUGUGCAGGACGGAAGAGUCCUUUGCCUUCUGCUUGAGGUUUUGCACUGCAGCAGCAGCUUAUCUGAUGUGCAAGUUUUCAUCCUGCUCUCAUGAAGAGUUUUGUGCCUUGAUUCCUCCUGGCCUGAUUAAAAAGCUGCAGUACCUCGUGCCACGGCUGAGCUUGGAAGCUCGGGGAAUCCUGUGUCAGGAGGCCAACACUGCCCUGAGCUGGACUUCCCUGUCCUGCCCCUCUCUGAAUGACAGGAGAGCCAGCCUGUGCUUAUGGAGGCAAGCACAAUUCCAAGAGCUCCUGAAGGAAAAGGCAUUCCAGCUAUCUUUUAGGGAGUGGCUGCUGAUGGAGCUGGAAGUGUGCCCUGAAAAGGACAUUCUCUCUGCUUCAGAGAGACAGGAUUUCCAUUACUGGGCCAUCUAUCAGAGGUACCUUCCUGCACCUUCUGCUGCUGGUGGCUGUGAUGGAGACCUGGAGAAGGCGUGUGGAGUCAUCAUCAACGCCAUCCUGGAUUCCUCACAGAGGCUGGACCUGGGUGGCUGUGGCCAGUCGAAGAUGUCAGUCAGCCCCGAGAUUCUCUGCAGGCUGCAGGAGCUGGUGCUGGAGCUGAGGUGCAGGCCAAAGCUGUUUCCUGGAUGCUCACCUGCCCGCAGACACGUGGUGCUUGAGGUUCUCCAGGGAAGGCUGAGGGGCAGGCAGCACGGAUCUGCUCUGGGAGAGCAGCUGUGGAGGCAGCAGGAGCUGCUGCUGCACAGGAGGAUUCUGGUCGGGCUCCCUGCAUCCGCCCUGGUCACCACGUGUUGGAGAGGGAACAAAACAGUGUUGGACUGUGACAGCUUCUUUUGUUUUGUGAACUCUGAGCUGAAGAACGUCUGUUCCAGGGGGUAUGCACUCUCCUACGACAUCACAGCUCACUUCUUCAGGGGGCUGCUGAAUGCCAGCCUGGACUGUGAGGAUGCAGCAGAAGGGGUCAGCGAGGCUCUGACAACGUGUCAAACCCAGUGUCCCGUGGUGCUCCUCUCUGCAGCGUUUUGGUGGCCAAGGCUGGAGCCAGGACUUUGCUGUCAGUGGAAGAGACUCUUUGGGGCUCCACUUGCACAAGAGCUGGACAGACUGAGGGGCUGGCAUGGCUCAAGUACCAGGUUCCUCUGUUCAGGGGCAGCUUUCCCUGUCUCUGACCCUCCUUGGCUCUCAGCUGCCUUCCUCCACGGUGCCAUCCUGCAGCAGUCACCACGAGGACGAGGGAGACAGGCACUGGAGAGGCUGGGGACCGACGCAGAGCAGCUCCUCGUUGCUCUGCUGUUCUUCUCACUCCUGGAUCUCAUCUCAGCCAGAAUAGCACCAAAGCAGGAAGGAGUGGAUUUUCAGACGUCUCUGGAAUGGUCCCUGGAGAUCCUGCAGUGCCUGGAAGAGAGGGGCACAUCCUGGCCACUUCUCUUCCAUUCAGCAGAGAGAGACCCUGGGCAGUGCCGUGUCCUGCGCAGCGCGGCCUCGGACCGGCACACCCGGCUCCUGCCCCUGGCGUUCUGCAGCCUCACACCCUGCUUCCAGCGGGAGCUGCUCCAGCGGGAGCCCACCUUCCUCAGCGUGGCACUCCAGAUGUACAUCCAGCUGCUCCAGCUCUUUGUGGAAGGGCAAGUCCUGUCACAGUCUGAUCAAGACCUCACAGAGCAUGAUCCCUUGGAGCUGAUCUCUGCAGCCCGGCGGUUCCUGCUGGGAGCCAUCCCACACUGCCCUGCCCAGAGCUUUGGGAGCACACAGCCGCUCCUGAGCGCCUGUGAAGGACUCGACCCAGAGCUGGCAGCCACCCUUCUGCACUUCUCACGGCCUGCUGUGGACAUGGAGCUGGAGGAAGAGCUGGAACUGUUCUGAGCAAUGGACUCAGCCCAACACCUCAAUUC